UUCAAACAGAAUUUCACGCUCGCUCUCUCAAAAUGCUCUCAGAUAUCCUAAAGUCUACUGGAGCGGGCGCAGUCUUUGGGGUCGCUCUGACAAUGUCCCGAGUUUACCACCCUUUGGUCAUCAUCAAUCAGAUGCGCCUCACUGAUUUCCACAUGCUUGAGGUAUUUCUAACAGCGUGUGCAGCAAGUGCGAUUGUCAUGCUGUACUUUGAAAAACGCGGCAUUGCAAAACGAUGCGUUCGAUCCAAUUCCUCUCUCAACUGGUUCUCCCCCUACGAUGCCAACAUUAUCGGAGGUGCACUACUCGGAACUGGUAUGAGUCUCAGUGGGGCUUGUCCAGGGACAGCCAUUGUCCAGCUAGCGCAAGGAUUUCCAUCUAGCGGACCGACAGCACUUGGCCUUCUUUUAGGAGCUUCGCUUUUCCUCAAAUAUGGAAAGCUUUUGAAGGUUAAAGAGGACCCUACAUGCAAAGCCCUUCAGCCUGGUGCCCAAACGAUUGCAUCACAGUUGCACAUUCCCCCCGCAAGUGUCUAUAUAACAUUCGAAGGCCUGUGCUUUGCUACCAUUAUCCUGUCGAGCCUGAUAUUGCCCGGAAGGUCAUUCAGCACACUGCCAACUGUGGUUGGCGGUCUUCUUCUAGCAGCCGCUCAAGCAUUCUCAAUCUAUUGUACUGGCAAUCCAGUGGGUGUCUCGGCUUCAUAUGAACACGUGGGGCGAUACUUGCUACAUGGGCUCGGUAUCAAGGAGGUGCCUGAACCUGCAACCUUCCCCAGAGCAAUCACUUUCGCCCUGGGAAUAUUCUUGGGCAGCCUCGUAUACACCGGAAUGUUGCAACCAGAGACAAAGAUCAGCGCACCUGUGGUACCUGCCACUGAAGCACUGUUGGGAGGUGUUUUCAUGGGGUUUGGCGCAAGACUAGCUGGUGGUUGUACGUCGGGACAUGGCCUUAGCGGUCUUGCGGCAUUGUCAUUCUCAAGUUUGAUCACAGUUGCAGCGAUUUUUGGGGCGGGCAUCUCGACACAGCUGUGUCUCUCACAUUUGCACGUGUAAAAUAUUAGAUCUCAUAAGAGGCAGUCAGGGAUUUCCAUACCACUGAGAGUGUAUAAAGCCGGGUGCAGCCACGCGGGCACAAAGUGCAUCAACC